ACAUACGUAAAUGCACAUCCUCAAAGAAAACGCGAAAAGAAAUUAUAAACAAACCAAGACCGGUUGUACUCAGUGAGAAGUGUUUUUGUAUAUAACUCUCUUUUAUACUCAAUUUUUGUGUUUGAUCAUGUGCUCUGUGGUAUUAUCAACAAUGCUGAAGGCGUUAAUUCAUCGAAUAUACAACUUACGGUUGCAAUGUACUUAGUUUAGUUUAGUUCAUUGCGAAGUGUGCGACAUGAAUGAUGUGUUCUAUGCGGUUACAAUUUUUUUUGAAAGUGUAAGGAACGAAAUGUUCAAAUACGCGAGUUAUUUUUGAACGGUUAAAAUGUUUAUAAAUAUCUCACCAAAAAAUUGUAAACUCAUAAUCUUGCCACAGGAAAAGUGAAUGAAAAGUGCAAACUUAAAUUUAAAUCAAAUAAAAAAUUAACCGACAAAAUUGUGAAAGAUGUCGCGGUGUUGAAAACAACUUAAAUCGAAUUAUGUGCUGAAAUAAUACAAUAAGACGAAACCAUACAAUAAUAAAAUUAGUGGUCGAAUUAGUUGAAAUUGCUCGGUAUAUACAGACAAAUAACAUUCGCUUUUUUCAAUUGAGAAAGUUUUUCAUCUUCAUUUUCGUUGGAAUCGUCACGGUUCCGGAUCAUUUAUUUUGACGGUAUACCAUUGUUACAAAGUACAACCUAGAUAUUUUUUUUCAAAUUUUAUAGCAAAAUCAACCAAAAAUGUCAAAAGAUGUUGAAUUCCGGGACGUUUUUUAUACAGUCAAACUUACCACUAAUCCAGUGAACGAAGCAAAGAAAAAAUGCUUGCUACAAGGAGUCAGUGGUGUAUUCAAGAAUGGACAACUAUCGGCCAUUAUGGGUCCAUCAGGUGCAGGGAAAAGCAGCCUGAUGAAUGCUCUAUCUGGCCUGAGGACAAAUGGCGUAACCGGCCACAUACUAAGAAAUAAAAAAGCUUCGUGCUACCUAAUGCAAGAGGAUCACCAUCAACCGUUUUUAAAUGUUAUCGAACAAAUGACCAUGGCCUGUAAUUUAAAAUUGAAGCCAGGAACACCACACGAGCAAAUCAUCACAGAAAUUCUGACAAACUUAAAUUUAAACCACCGAACCAAAGUACUCGCAAAUCAACUUAGUGGCGGAGAAAAGCGAAGACUGUCAUUGGCACUGGAAUUGGUAGCCAAUCCAAGCAUUUUCUUCCUCGAUGAACCUACAAGCGGUUUGGACGAAGUGACAGCAUCGCAGUGCAUUCGACUGUUCAAAAACUUAGCACGACAAGGCAAGACAAUUAUCUGCACGAUUCAUCAGCCGUCUGCCAUAUCAUUUGCCUUGUUCGACAAUGUAUAUGUGUUAUCCAGAGGGAAAUGUGUUUAUCAGGGCGUACCGGAUGCUAUAGUUUCGUUUAUAUCACAGGCCGAUUUCAUAUGUCCGAAACAUUACAGUCCAUCUGAUUAUUUAAUCGAAGUUUGUGAUACAGAGGACAUGAACAUUGUGGAUACUUUGUCCGAUUUGACGCAAAACGGAAAGUUGACGUGUGCUAGUACCUCGGCCGAUGAAUCUCAAUUGAAUAGUAAUGUAAGCAUUGUGAUGAAAAAUGCAGUUACUGCAAUGGUAACGGAGAAAAAACGAUCUCGAAGUGGUGCGUUGUUAGAAAAAAUGAAAGCUUUCUCGAAAUUUAUGCAAAAUGAUUACGCUAAUUCGGGUUUGCAACAGUUUUUAGUCUUAUUUAGAAUAAUGAUGAUAAAGAUCGUCAGAAAUCGAAUUGUGCUGACCAUACAAUUGUUUCAUCACGUUUUCUGCGGAGUAAUUUUUGGUACAAUUUUCUUCAAAGCGGCCGAUGAUGGUAACAGAAUGUUUGAUCAUUUAAAAUUUUGUAUUGGAGUCGUGUUUUUUCUUUCGUACACUCAGAUCAUUGUACCGAUUUUGGCAUAUCCCAGUGAAGUAAAAUUGCUGAAAAAAGAAUGUUUCAACAGGUGGUACGGUCUGUCUCCAUAUUAUGCCGCAUUAACAUUAUCAAGGCUGCCAUUCCAAAUUCUGUUCAAUAUGAUUUUCAUGACACUAACAUACUUUAUGAGCGGUAUACCCAUGCAACACUUUCGAUUCGGUCUGUAUUCACUUACUGGUAUGAUUGUAUCAUUCGUGGCCGAAGGAUUAGGCUUGGCCAUUGGGGCUGCGUUUAGUAUAACAAACGGUACAGUUGUUGGACCCUUAUUAAUUGCUCCGAUGCUGGGACUCGCUAUUUACGGAUUCGAUUUCGCCAACGACAUUUCGGUGCUUAUGUAUGCAGUGAUGAAAAUGUCGUUCAUGAGAGUGGGAAUCGUGUCGCUGGUUUUGACCGUCUUUGGAUAUGAUCGACCAGUGAUGAACUGUACUGAUAUUUAUUGUCAUUUUGGUGAUCCGAAAAUUCUUUUACGAUUUUUACGCGUCGAAAAUGUUGAUUUUUGGAAUGAAAUCGGUUUUUUGGUGCUAUUUGCGGUCAUAUUUCGCACGGUGUUCUAUUUCAAUUUAAAGAGACGAAUUAAAACUUAAGCUGCCGUUUGUGUCGCAAUUAGAAAGUAGAACGCAACUGUUAUGUGAUAGAUUUUUUUAUGUGUGUAAAAUGUAACAACAAAAUAGGUAAAAUUACAAAAAUAAAUUUUGUACUUGGUUUAAAAU